UCAACCCAACUGGGCAAGGUGAGAGUAUGGAUUAAGCAGACUGGGCAGGAUGAGAGUGAGGGUAACCCAACUGGGCAGGAUGAGAGUGCGUGGUUCACUGGAUAGGUUAAUGGUGAGGUAAGUUGAUGAGGUAAGGACGUAGGUCGUCAUCGGCGCUCGGGUUUUACGAUGCACUCAGCAGCUGAAGUUACAUGGUGUCGCCUGCCGCUCACCCUGGCAGAAAGAACUGGCACCGGGGAAUCGAACCCCGUACCUCUGGGUUCCCAGAUGCGCAGCUGAACCACGGCACUGCGGCCAUCUUGUUUAGGUGGAAAUUAGAUGAGGCCGUGUCGAUCACUGGAUACCACGUCAUUCACCCCGCUGCAAAUAAAGACAGAACGCGUGGCUCUGAACAGAUAUGAAAUGAAGGUCGCUGAGGCAAAUGAAACGCGUAUGCCACUUCAACUGAAAAAGUGCGUGUCGCUGAGUAAGAGACCAUUUAGAUUUCGAUGGCCAGAGCAAGACGGUGCAGGCCACUGACCGGAGAGUGAGAGUGAACGUCACUAGGCUAGGUGUCAACUGAGAACGCGAGUCACCAGACCGGGUGUCAACUGAUAACGCGAGUCACCAGACCGGGUGUCAACUGAGAACGCGAGUCACCAGACCGGGUGUCAACUGAGAACGCGAGUCACCAGACCGGGUGUCAACUGAGAACGCGAGUCACCAGACCGGGUGUCAAGUGAGAACGCUCAGAUCGCUGCCCAGAAACAGCCCCUGAUUCUGAGCCCCUGAUCUUCCCAGGGAGGAUCCGAUGUGGACUCUAGUGGUGCUCCUUCCCCCUCUCCUCCCCCCUGAUGGCUCGUCCACGACGCCCCUGUGGUAUUCGUUCGCCCGAUGCAGCAGCUCCGUGACCGGGGACCGGAGCUGUUUUAUUCAGCUGGGAGCCCAGCCCCUUCCCCUCCUCCGACUUCGUGAAGAAAGGGGCCAAAGUCGGGGGAAACCCGUUUGUUGACGUAGUUUGGAGGCAUGCUUUAUCGAUAUUUAAUGUUUGCCCCCUCUCCCCAACUCAUUUUGCGAAGCAGCACCCACCCCUGCUCAUGGUGCUGGCCCGCGGUGGGCAGCCUGCUGUUGAGGAAGGUAGAUCCCAUGCGUCGAGGUGGACAAAGGUCAGUAUCACGAGGGCCACGAAUUUCUGGACAACGCAUCACCGAUAAGGUAACAUGAGGCAGGCCUUCGUCCUCACUGACUCCGCGGCGCUUACAACGACUCAACGUCGAGUCAGUGUGAGCACUGGACGUGGUGAGAAGGUCCUCGGGAGGAGGUAGAGUUGGUGACCCGGGCUGUGAGAAACCGGUUCCAGAGGUGAGCCGCGUGUUAUGCUUGGCUGAGCUUCAUGUGGUGUCAUCAUAUGGUCGUCCGCGACAGACACUGAAUGAUGCGGUCGCAUUGCAGGCUACCUGGAGUACAUGACCGACGCCAUACUGAGCGCGGUUAACUUGGAGACCGCCAAAGGGCACAAGCUGAAGCUGCUGAAGGUCAUCACAUCGCCGUUUACGUCCCUCGUCAUUCGCACGGACAAGAAGGUGCUCAGUGGAUGGGCUCUCAACAAGUCCGAGUAUUUCAACGCCUCACUCAUCAAGCACUAUUGCAAGUACGAAAAAGUUGUCCUGCAAAUCUCCGAGAACGUGACGGAAACGCAAAAAGUGCCGCUGGAAAGAUGUCACUCGCUGUUCAGCCAGACUGACCUGCCGGACCUAUACGUCGGCCUGAUCUUGCUGGUGAUCGCUCUCGUCAUGCUCUGUGGCUGUCUCGUGCUCAUGGUCAAGAUUCUGCACACGCUCCUCCAAGGCAGCAUCGCGGUAGUCAUUCGCAAGACGCUCAACGCCAACAUCCCCUACAUGCCGUGGCUGACGGGCUACCUGGCCAUCCUCGUCGGCUGCGGCAUGACCAUCCUGGUGCAGUCGUCCUCGGUGUUCACGUCGGCGCUGACACCGCUGGUGGGCGUUGGCGUCAUCUCGCUGGAUAGGAUGUACCCGCUCACCUUGGGCUCCAACAUCGGCACCACGACGACGGCCAUUCUGGCUGCGCUGGCCGCCUCUGGGAAGACUCUGCGCCCCAGCAUUCAGAUCGCUCUGGUUCACUUCUUCUUCAACGUGUCGGCCAUCUUAAUCUUCUACGUGCCGCCAUUCAUGCGCUGGCCGAUCCCUCUUGCGCGCGGUCUGGGCAACAUCACCGCCGACUACCGUUGGUUCGCCGUCGCCUACCUGAUCGGCAUGUUUCUGCUGUUGCCGCUGCUGGUCUUUGGUCUGUCGGUGGCUGGUUCCACCGUGCUGUACGUGGUGCUGGCGCUGGCGCUGCUGCUGGCGCUGCUCGGCGGCGCGCUGACGCUGCUGCAGCGUCGCAUGCCGUGCCUCCUACCGGCGGCGCUCCGCAGCUGGAGCUUCCUGCCGGAGCCGCUGCGCAGUUUGGCGCCCUACGACCGGCUGGUGACGGCGGCGUUAGCGCACUGCCGCUGCUGCGGCCGCCGCCGCGGACAGGAGGCCGCGCCGCCGGCGGCCGCCGACCGCGAGAAGGCGGCGAUCCAGUUCAACGGCCGCGGCGGCUUCGACAACCACGCCCUGGAGAUGGACGUGCGGCCGAUGAGCUACAGCAAGAGAAGCGUCGACUGACGCCGAGGAGCACCCGCGACCGGCGCGGCGCGCGUCGGCAGCUCAUCGCGCCGAUGUGAGACGACGCAGCCCAGCUGGGUGGAGGUGGAAGGCUCGUCUCGCGGGAGGAGAGGGAUCAGGUGCCGGCGACGGUCUGCCGGAGGCGAUAUUCUCAGGAACGGGUUCCAGUGCCGAGGGAAGCGGUCUGUGCUGGUACAGAUGACGUUGGUGGCGUUCUCUUGUAGCUAUUGACGUGUAGGCCGAUUGCUGAAAGGGUCUUCACUUUGUGUCGGCUGUGCGUGCCUUUGUACGGUCGUCUUUGUAUUUGCUUGCGGGCUGGCUUCUAAGUCCAGUCAUGGGCGUCUCAAAAACGCGUGUGCUUAUUGUGAGAGCGGCCUUUGUGGUGCCGGGCUUCAGUUUUUACAGACAUGGUAUUCGCGAGCGUUCUAAACCAUGAUAUUUUUAUUCCGGACCCUCGGAAGACUCGCUAUUUCACAUCUGGCCCUCUUCGAACGGAAUAAUUGGGGAACUUUGGGCUGCUCUAAACGUUGCGGAGCAAAUGCAGCUGUGCCUGGAUGUACUUGGGGGAUUUGGAGAUGAUGUGGGGUCCCCAAACCCGUUCGGCAUACGCAUGGCUUGCCGUGAAGAGAUGACCCGUCGGAGGCUGGAUGGAGAUGCCAAGACCUAGGCCAAGAUUAGCCAAGACCUAGGCGUGCAUCGUGUUCUCACUUACACAACAUGACUCGGAGGGCCACCACGACCCCGCGGGCGAUUGUUAGCCCCGAGGGCAUAUUCCGUCCAAGAGGUCCGAAGGGCAACACGUUCUGAGCUAGUUCCAAGACAAGGUGGGGAACAGCGGGCCUUUGCACUAGCUAUGACAUUCCUGUGGCUUGUUGAAAUGGCAAAUAGCGCUGUCCGGUCGUUUUUAGCAAUCGUUGGCUAUUCUUUCAGUGAUCUUGUGGGCCACAUGAUUUUUCGUGCUCUGAUCAUGAAGUCACUUUGUCAAAAGGGAAGCGGGAAUGAAAUAAGAAAACUGGUGAGAUGUUGCUUAAACUACAAAGUCCACUUCCGACUUUUGUAGUGAUGAGCUGCUAAGCUGUUUGCCAUGAAGACAGCGCCCAAACUGCCCUGCACCGUUUCAUUAGGUUAUUCGCUGCACGCGUUUUUUUGGUGUAUUUAAAGUCUCGCUAAUGUCAGGAGCUGCAAACCGGAGACAAGUUUCGCCUGUCCGACGACCUCCUGUCUGUGCUGUCUCUGCAUGUUUAUAUUCUGCAAGCUUCCUAUCACGUGGCUUUAGCAACACAUGCACUCAUCAACACUUUGUUUUAAGGCACCCCACCGCUUCGCACUGGCCGGCCUCGGCCGGUCGGCUAUACCGGCGGUUUGGGUUCGGCUGGUUAUUUUCCUGGUCCGACUUUGCAGCGCACAUUGCUCGACGACAUGUUGUGCCUUUGUCUUCGGCAUAGAUUCGGCAGCUGGCUUGGUGAGGCUAGGAUGCCUUCGCGGACCAUACUGACAACAGUGCUGCAAGGUGUUUUGUGAUACAUGUGCGCAUAAAAAUGUGCAAACCUGAAAAAGACGCACCAAAAGCGUAUCGUCUUGAUCCAACGCUAAGUCGUUCGCUGUCAUCGUAACGACAGAUGAUGCGAUCAAGAUUUCCGUGCUCUAUUCCGUGAUGCUGUAACCGGCGGCUUUUUGAGCCGCGUCGAAUCAGUGAAUACAUUUGAUAGCAACGACAAAGUCUUUUGUGUCGCGAAAGAGAUAAAUGAUAUUUCAGUUUACUUGUGCCCGCUAUUCUUUCUACCAGACAAACGUUCAAAACCCUUGAAAACGUUUGUCUGACGGCUGGAUAAAAACUCUGUCCACAGUAGCGAAUAAGUUAUUUUUACUUCGCUUCUGUGGAGACCGGCAUCUCGGCACACAUGCCAAUCACUUCCGGUUGGGGGGCAUACAUAAAUUAGCGCCAAAUGGCCGCUGCAGUCGGCGCGCCCGAAAACACCAAUCAACAUCAACGAAUACAUAAAUUACGUAGCUGGCGGGAAAGAAAAACAGUAGUGCGUCAGAAUUUACUCUGCGCUCAUUGCUGAUGCGCAUGAAGUACCUGAACCUGAAAGCUGCAGGAACCUGAGAGUGUGGUACUGGAAAAAUAAGCUUUGUGUAAUGGUCCUCGGGGAUUCUUUCCUUUGCCCAGUCCAUCCGCUACCCACGGGCCUUGCCGG